AUGCUCCUUAAAUUGUCUGCUCCGGGCCUAGAUCAUCCUGGCAAAGGGCAUGUUAUCGAACUGCUGGAUUAUUUUGAGCACGAUGGUCCAAAUGGGACACACUUGUGUCUUGUCCUCCCUGCAAUGAUAUCCGACGGCGAAAUAACGAGCGUUGUUUAUAUCGGACCCAAAGCUGGUACAAGACUCAUGUCAUUACCUAGCUCUAUGGAGUCGACAACAUAUCUGGGCCUUGGGUUGUUUGGGUCUUUUGGCCUCACAGCUGAACAGAUCGACAAAGAGCACACAUACCGUAUUAGCCAGCUCCUUGAUGAGAACGGUCAGAUGCAUGAGAACUUUAGAAAACAUCUGACGGACAGGUUGCCAUAUGACUUCGGUAGCAAUUCCAACCCUGUCAUCAACAGCCGAACAGCUUUAGCGACCUGCCUCCCCUGGCAGUGUGGUACCAUCCGGGGAAAGCCCCGAAAAAGGGACUAUUUCCUCGAGCAACCUAGUGCCUGUUCGCUGGGCAAAGUACUUGCGUCAGAAGCUGGCGUGACACAUAUAGAUAAACUGGGCGCCUGGAGAAACGCGCAAGGGCGCGAAAUAUGCGCAAACGACGGUGGGUUAAAGGGAAUAAUGAGGAAGGUGGAGUUUAAAGAGGCACUGUUCAACGAGGCGUAA